CAGGGAGCUCGCAGCCGCCGCGAGUCUUUGCCCAGUAAAUCCAACAUCUGUCGAGAGGGAAGCAUAGGUGAGCUGCAGUUUUCAGUCAGUAUCACCCUCACACCGGCUCAGAGCGAGAUUACGCACCACAUGUGAUGGCUGUGUCAUCUUUGGUCACUGUUGGUCAUUUCCACGCGGAAGAUCCUUUACGCGCCGUUUAAUUUCAUUGGAGACCGUUUGGAUGAUUUCUUCAGUCCAUUAGAUUCGUUUUUUUUUUCAUUUUUAAACCUCUGAUCUAACCUCAUGACUGAGUUCAUGAUUUUUAAAACUUUAGUCUAAUCCAAGAAGAGGAAAAUGGAUGGUGUUAUUUUUUCUUUUUUCUUAAUAUUUAUCCAAGAGGCACACACUUUGCGUUAUGGCACCGCCAACGACCUGCAACCAUAUAUGCCCAAUGUGUGUGUGGAGAGGGAGGUGACACUGGUAGCCCAGAGGCAGCCGUGUGUGCAGGCCUUCACACGCAUGGUUAAAGUGUGGAAGCAAGGCUGUGUGGGGCAGUCGUGGUGCAUGGGAUACGAGAGGAGGACGGCAUACUACACGGCAUACAGACAAGUGUACAGACAGGAUUAUGACACUGUGUACAAGUGUUGCCCUGGAUGGUCUCAACUUAACGGAGAAGCGGGUUGUCUUUAUCCUGUGUGCAGCUAUGGUGUGUGCUUCAACGGUGGCCAUUGUCGGGUGGGUUCCACCCAGCUCUGUGACUGUCCUGCAGGGUUCAACGGACCCAGCUGCCAGUAUGAUGUGAACGAGUGUGAGGAGACCAACGGAGGCUGUGAGGCUCUGUGCUGUAACACCAUAGGAAGCUUCUACUGCAGGUGUCCUCCUGGACAAAUACUGAGCGGAGAUGGUAAAACUUGUAAAGAUAUCGAUGAAUGCCAGGUCCACAAUGGAGGCUGCCAACACAGAUGUAUUAACACCAGGGGCUCCUACUACUGUGAAUGUCACCCUGGCUCUCGGAUGCAUGUGGACGGCCGAACCUGCCUCGCUGUCCAUACAUGCGCCAUCAGCAACGGAGGAUGUGAACACUACUGUGUGCAACAGUCCGCCGCUCAUUUCCGCUGCCGAUGCAAACCAAACUACAUCCUGGCAGAGGACGGGAAGCACUGCAAACUGCAGAACCCGUGUGCAGAUCAGAACGGAGGCUGUGCCCACAUUUGUCAAGUCGAUGGUGGCAGAGCUCACUGUGACUGUAAGCUCGGUUACAUCCUCGCUGAAGACAGGAAAACCUGCGAAGAUUUUGACGAGUGUAAGACUGAAGCCAACUGUGCUCAUGGCUGUCACAACACUCUGGGCUCCUACGCGUGUGUUUGUAACGCUGCCUAUGAGCUGGGGUCGGAUGGGAAACAGUGUUACAGAAUUGAGAUGGAGAUUGUGAACAGCUGUGAGAACAACAACGGUGGUUGUUCACACCUCUGCCAGCAUUCAACCAGCGGGCCUGUCUGCUCCUGUAACCAAGGUUACAGACUAGAUGACGACCUUAAAACCUGCGUUGACGUCGACGAGUGUGGAGAGCAGAGCUCCUGCUGCGAGCAGGACUGCACCAACUACCCUGGAGGUUACGAGUGCUACUGCUCCGCAGGAUACAGGCUCAACUCAGACGGGUGUAGCUGUGAUGAUGUAGACGAGUGUCUGGCUGCCAAUGCCGGUUGUGAUCACACGUGCCAGAACAGCGCGGGCUCUUUCCAGUGCUUCUGCCGCCGGGGUUUCCGUUUGGACGACGACCGGCAAUCCUGCAUCCCGCUUGAGGAUGCAGUUGAGGCCCUCUCCAGCGGGGGUCCCAUCGAGCUGCCACUCAUCCGCCCCCAGCUCACCUUGCUGCAGGACUACAGCCAACCUCUGGAGCGCUAUGAUGACUACGAAGACGACGAGGGGGAGCUGAGGGCUGAGAGUAACCUGGCAGAGAAGUUUGUGUGUCUGGACGACACCUUCGGGAACGACUGCAGCUUGACGUGUGACGACUGCUCUAACGGAGGAAGAUGUAACGUGUGGAAAAAUGGCUGUGACUGCCCCGAUGGAUGGACGGGCAUCGUCUGCAACCAGACUUGCUCCGAGGGAUAUUUUGGUAAAAACUGCUCCUUCCACUGUAAGUGUAAAAACGGUGCCAACUGUGAUCCGGUCACUGGGAGCUGCCGCUGUCCGCCUGGAGUCAGUGGAGACUUGUGUCAGGAUGGUUGUCCAAAGGGUUUGUACGGAAAACAGUGCAACAAGAAGUGUAACUGUGCAAAUAACGGACGAUGCCACCGAACCUACGGAGCCUGUCUGUGUGAUCCUGGACUGUACGGACGCUUCUGCCACCUCCCUUGUCCAAAGUGGACAUUUGGAGCGGGCUGCUCUGACGAGUGUCACUGUGUCCAGCAGAACACUCUGGAGUGUCACCGUCGCCAUGGCACCUGCGUCUGUAAAUCUGGUUACCGGGGCAACACCUGCAAGGAAGAGUGCGAACCAGGAACGUUUGGAUCCGGCUGCGAGAAGAAGUGCUCCUGUCCACCCGGGGUGUCGUGUGACCAUGUGACUGGAAAGUGCCAAAGAAAGUGUCCUCCUGGUCGUCAUGGGGAGAAUUGUGAUCAAGACUGUCCAGAGGGAUGGUUCGGUGCAGGCUGCGUUCAUCCCUGCAACUGCAGCAGCGCCCCGUGUGACAAAGUGACAGGACAAUGCAAGUGUCCGUCAGGGACGACAGGAAAACACUGCGAGAACUUGUGUCAGGAGGGAUUGUGGGGCCCAGGCUGCAGAGAGACCUGUCCUGCUUGUGAGAACGGCGGCUCGUGUGAUAAACACAACGGAUCGUGUAACUGUCCUCCUGGAUUCAUGGGCAGACUCUGCCAAGACUCGUGCCUGAGUGGACGUUUCGGUGAAGGGUGCCAAAUGAAGUGUGUGUGUGAGAACAACGCUCACUGCGACCCGGUGACUGGACGGUGUACCUGCGCUCCCGGCUGGACUGGACACAACUGCAGGAAAGUGUGCGAUGGGGGACACUGGGGAGCCGACUGUGCAGAAACCUGCGACUGCAGAAACGGAGACGGCAGCUGUGAUGCUGUGACGGGCCAGUGCAACUGUGAGGCCGGUUACACUGGGACACAGUGUCAUCACAAGUGUCCAGCAGGUAUGUUUGGUCUCGGUUGUCGUCAUCGGUGUCAGUGUGACAACAAGGCCUUGUGCGACCAUGUGAGCGGAGCUUGUACUUGCCAGGUGGGAUGGACGGGAACCUUCUGCGAAAAACCGUGUCCUCAGGGUUUCUAUGGGCUCGACUGUCAGGAGAAGUGUCUGUGUCUGAACGGCGGCGGCUGUGAUCACGUCAGUGGAGUUUGUUCGUGUCCUGCCGGAUGGAUCGGUCCGUUCUGCAACCUGACUUGCCCGCCCGGCUUCUAUGGGGAAGCGUGUAACCAAACCUGUCGCUGCGGCAACAACGGCGUCUGCCACCCGGCCAGUGGGCAGUGUGUGUGCACGGCGGGCUGGACCGGACCCAGCUGCACAGAGGAAUGCCCUGCAGGGUUCUAUGGAGCGGACUGCCGGCAGCGCUGCUUGUGUCAGAACGGAGCCUCUUGUAAUAAGACCAGUGGAAAAUGCACAUGUGCCAGUGGGUGGACGGGUACAGCCUGUGAACUGGAGUGUGCAGUGGGUCGGUUCGGGGCCGACUGCCAGCAGCAGUGUGGAUGUGAACACGGCGGCCAGUGUGACCGGCAGACGGGACGGUGCAGCUGCCGCGCCGGCUGGAUCGGAGAGCUCUGUGAGAAAGCAUGUGAAGCAGGCCUGUUCGGUGCUGGCUGUCAGGAGAGAUGCCGGUGUGUGCACACUGUUUCAUGUCACCACGUCACUGGAGAGUGUCAGUGUCCACCGGGCUGGAGAGGAAAACUCUGUGACAAAGCGUGUUUGCCAGGUACGUACGGGAGGAGCUGUGUGCAGCAGUGCAGCUGUGCUCAGGGAACAUCCUGCCACCACAUCUCUGGAGAGUGUGGCUGUCCUCCCGGAUUCACCGGCAACGGCUGUGAGCAGACUUGUCUUCCAGGAACAUUUGGUCAGAACUGUAACCAGGUCUGUCAGUGCUCAGAGACAAACCAGCUCUGCCACCCGGUGUCUGGAUCUUGUUACUGCGCCCCAGGGUUCCAAGGUCCCAAAUGUGACCAAGCCUGUGGAGAGGGUCGUUACGGUCCUAACUGUGAGAGACAAUGCAAGUGUGUGAACGGAGGGAAGUGCGUUGCUUCCACUGGAGCCUGUAAAUGUCCAGCAGGGUUUAUAGGAGCACGCUGCAACAUCACGUGUCCUGCUGGGCGUUAUGGCGUCGACUGUGCUCAGGUGGCCAGGUGUGGAGAGGGGGCCAAGAAUGACCCGGUCACCGGUCGGUGUUUGUGCGUCCCUGGACGAAGAGGAGAGGACUGUGGACACAGCUGCCCUCCAGGCUGGUUCGGGGCGGACUGUGUCCAUCGCUGUAACUGCAGUAACGGAGGAGUGUGUGACUCAGUAACCGGCAACUGUACCUGUGGUCUGGGCUGGACCGGUACACACUGCGACAGAGAAUGUCCCGUGGGCAGAUUUGGUGCCAACUGCCAGCUGAAAUGUAAGUGUCAAAAUAACGGCACGUGUGACAGAGUGACGGGGACGUGUCAGUGUGGUCCAGGCUUCUAUGGACAUCUGUGUGAACAUGCCUGUCCUCCUGGUCUCCACGGCCCGCUGUGCCAGCUGCAGUGCGACUGUAUGAACGCAGCCUCCUGUCACCCUGCGUCAGGACACUGUGUCUGUCCUCCAGGAUAUUACGGAGCACGCUGCCACAGAGUGUGUGAACAGGGAACCUUCGGUCUGGGUUGUGCUAAAGUGUGCGACUGUGAGGACGACUCUCCGUGUGACCCUGCGACAGGAAGAUGUCUCUGCUCCUCAGGGAAGACGGGACUCAGAUGUGACAUCGACUGCAGAGCAAACCUCUACGGCCCAGACUGUGCUGAGACCUGCGAGUGUCAGAACGGAGCACGAUGCGACCGACGCAACGGCCGCUGCAGCUGCGUGCACAGCUGGAUCGGCCUCUCCUGUCAGGAAGGUGGACCUCCACGUGUCACCUAUGGGAGCAGCAGCAGAGGAGACUCACAACAAAACUCAUUAUAGCAUCUACCUGAAAGACUGAAACUGAGAAAGUGAUUUUUUUUUUUUUUUUUUACUGGAGUGAGUGAACGCUCGUGAAAGGAGUCGUAGCAGCUGGAGGAUCUUCAUGGAAAUAGACUCUCUGAUGAGAACUGCAGUUCCACGUUUGGACCCGAGCUACUUCAUUUUUUGUAUUUUGGUACCAAAGUGACCUUUGAACUGAUCGACUCUGUGGCGUGAGCCUGACCUGUCUCCAGUGAUCUUCUUGAACUCAAAGUGGAACGUCACCGUAAAAUGAAAACACUUUCAGUCUUCAGGAGGAGAACUACUUCCAAACUAGAAAUACUACUCCCAAACUAGUACCACCCUGUGAUUGUAUGCCUCCGCCAACCAGUGUAGUUUCAGUCUAAAUACUUUUUUUCCAGAUUCAUAUGAGGUUCAUCUUUGUGUCCAAGUUCAUCUUUGUGUCCAAGUGACAACUGGUCAAAAUGUUUUGAAGAAAGCCCCAAAAAUCAGAUCAGAGAAAUCAUGUUCAAGAGGCCAAAAAAUGGUUUUGUGAGGCCACAGAGACUUUGACCAUUAAAUUCUUAUCAGUUCAUCGAUGAGUCUAAAUGAACAAUUUAAUCCAUUGGAAAAAACUUCCCCAAGGGGUUCCUCAGAUAUGUUAACAAGGCAAAAAGGUCACAGUGACCUUGACAUUUGAUCACCAAAAUCUAAUCAGUUCAUCUUUGAGUCAAACUGAAUGUUUGUUCAAAAAAGGAAGAAAUGAUCUUGAGGUAUUCUUGAGAUAUGUUAACAAGAAUGGGCAGACGAAAAAGAAAAAGCAAUACCUCCUUCCACUGGCUGUCAUGGGUGCAGAGGCAUAAAAACAUCAUCCUCAGAGUGCAGCAGUUUGUUUUUACUGCACUUUUGAUAUUUUUAUUUUACCUUUGUCCAUUAACUACCUUCACUGGGUACUUGUAUAUAAAAUAAUCUCUUAAUUUUGUAAGAAAAUGGGCGACAUUGCUGGAUAUGAUGCAACCAUCUUAUAAAACCUGCCAGUUUAAUGAAGUAACUAAUUGCUUUAUCUCCAGAUGUUUAAUAAAAAAAUAUCAGUCAAGCACAUUCCUGGAUUUUAAAUAGAAAUCACUUUAUUUACACAGCUCGCUCUCAAUGUUGAAAUAAUUUCAUUUGAAUUGAUUUUGUGUAUAAGUUGCUUCAUAUUUAUAUUUAACAGUUGAAUAUUCGUCAAACUUAAAUCACAUUUUUUUGUUUUCCACUGUUUAAUUGAGAUUCUGCAUCUCUGACAAACACAGUCCAGUGAACAACCCACAAUCAGGUUUAUUCUUUUUAACACACGAAUGCCAAAUAAAGACAGACACAUGACGGUUUGUUUCUCAUUCUUAUUUUAUCAUUAUUUCAUUUUCAUUGAAGAUUGAAGCUGUACAUCCUGUCUAAAUUUCAGAUUCAAGCACAGUGCAGAUAGCAACGCCUGCAAAACAAAAUAAAAAAUAAAAGAGAAAAAGGCAAAGGUGAUCACAACCAGAAAUAUAUAUAUACAAAGGUCAAACUAUGUACAGGAGAUACCAGUCGCUCACUACGUCGUCUUCAGAGCAUUUCUCAUAAUGCAUACACAACACAAAGAAAUUGCUUCUUUUUGUCAGUCCUAAAAUCGAUACAAUACAGAUAGGAAAAAUGCAGCAUGAUGAAAACAAAAAUAAAAACUGUUCUUUAAGUUUGUCUCUACUGCAUUAAAGGCAAAAACAUAAAAAAUAUAUUCUCUGUAUAACCUUUGACCUUCUGUAAAAUAAGCUCUAUCCAGCUGUGGCUUCAUUUCUGAACUAGUCUUCAACAAUGUUAAACUAGGGCCACUUAAAGCAUGACGUCCUCUGAACACACUCCAAACAUUAGCAGUUAUCUCGGGAUCUUUGCUGGGCAGGUCAGCACAGCGUGAAAUAACACUGAUGGUCAAACUAAUGCACAGCAAUUUUAUUUAAAGGGGAAGUUCCACAGUUUGGGAAGUUUGCUUAUAGGUCGUCUUAUCCAGAAGAUUGAUAACAUCAUUUUCUGCCAAUAAGAACCAUAGCUAACAGCUAACAGAUAAUAACGAUAAUAACAAAUAAAGCUGGCUGUUUCUGUCCAAAGGCAACACAAUCAGCCGAAUGUCGAGGGAAGGAUGUGAGGCAGCGAAGAACCCAAGGAAUUUUGGUGCAGACACAUUGUGAGAUUUUUCAACAUUUUCAUUGUUUUCCCAGAGAAUUAUUCAUUGAUCUUGAUUAAAUAAAUCAGGCAAAUUUUGGGAACUAAUUUCUAUGAAUGUGUGAAAUUUAGUGUGGUUUGAUUGAUUGUUGGGCCGUGGCGGAGAUUCAUCCUAGUUGAAAACAGUCUCUUCUAAAAUUCUAAUUCACCUGAUAUUGAAACUGAAAUAAAUGAUUCCCAUAAUCUAAUGUAUCAAAGUUCCACCUUAAAUUUUCUUCUGAAAUGUGUCCAUCUUAAAAAGCAAAAAAAAGCAUGUUUAUUAUUUACCAAUUAAAAAAUAAACUAUCAUUUCAUAAUGAUCAAAGAAUAGUACAAUAGGCCAAACGGUGGUGUUCACUAGAUCAAUUCCCUGUAAAUAAUGUUUUCAGCUCAUGAAUUGUAAAAAAUGAUUCUUUCCUACAUGACACAUUAGGUGCUUGUAAUAAAAACUUUUUCCCAGGCCUGGUAUCACAGAGGUUGGAAUUGGAUUGAAACAGACUUUUGUUUAUUGCUCACCUGUAAUACAGGCUAGCACGCGGGUAGUUCAACUUGUGGUCAUAGCAGUGAGCCCAUCACAAGGUGACCUUCACACUGCAGACUGUAGCGGUUCAUCAGUCAACUGCUCAAAACCUGGAAGAUUGUCGGCUGUGGACGGAACCAUUUCCUUAGCUUUAUAUUUUUGCUGUAGCUUCAUGUCUAUUGGGCAGACAAGACAGUAGUUUCAAUCUUCUUCUGUAGCAAAUAAGCAUUUUUCCCGAAUUAUGGAACGUCGCCUUAAAGUCUCUAUCUUCCUCUCGACUCCCUGCAGAUGAUAAUAUUAAGACACAGGAAUUUCACAGACUAAUGAACUAAAUGUUCUUUGCUUUUGUUUUUUGUUUUUUUCCUCUUCAGAGAAAACAGCAUCGGCUCACGCCAGUUAAACAAACUCAGACAUACGAGACACGUCAAACGUAUACAGGGAUCAACUAAUACAACAGGCUGUAGCAAGGGAUUCGUUUAAUUGUCCCCCUCCCCCUACCUGACACACGCACGCACACGAUCAACAGUAGAGACAUGAAGUCACUUUGCUCUUGUUAAAAACCAGAGGCUGUAAAUCAUCACCCACACUUAUUAUUUAUUCCCUCCACUUAAACUGAGAAGCAUCUUCAUCUCACUCAUAUCAUUCGUACUGAUGAGUUUUCUUUAUCUGUAUUUUUCUUCUAAGGAUCAAUAGUUUCAGCUGUUAGUAAAGAUCUGUUAUCGACACGUGUUAGUAAGGGGCGGAGCUUCACCUUGCUUCUCCCGUAGGUUAUUGUCGACGAGGUGAAGAGAGUCCAUGCUUCGAGGAUGUGUCACAUGCUAUCCACUUGUGCUUUAAUCACAGUAAGAGAGCACCCAGAGGAGAAAGAAUGAUACAGGGUGGCAUCAAAUUCUGUAGUAAUACUUCUAACACGUCUCAAGUCGUACGUCGCUUGAAACAUACCUUACUAUCCUAAAGCUUUUAGCGGUACUAUGCAUUCUGUAUAUGAAGGACCUUUGUUAACUAGCAACAGCAUGGUCAAGUAAAGAUAUACAUGGAGUUAAGUCCAUACCAUAGAUAGAUAACAAACUGGACAGCACAUGCGUCAAGGUGAGUUCUAUAAUCUUUCAGGAAGCGAGAGUGAAACACUCAGGUGUGUCGUAAAGAGAAAAGAAGAAGAUCUUUGGCUGAAGCCACGCUCAAAUGUCACUGGUCCUGCCCAGUGUCGACAAACGAAAGAAAGACAGACGAGUAAAUACAACCUUCGGACCAUGUGCAUGGCAACGCACGAUUACAACCACCUGCUCUGUUCCUGGAGCUGCUGCCACUGGCUGAUUAACUGGAAACACGACCACGCCCUGGAAAACCAACGCCACUUCUACAAGUUAGCGUUGCCCUAAAUACUGGGGACAUGAGACCAGUCGUCCAAACGGGACAGCUGUCAAGCUGCUCGUCUACACUGAAGCCCACAGCACAGUCUGAUGCAACUGUAAAAUAAGGCAAAAAUACUUGAACAGAAUUUGAUCAAGGAGAAGUUUCCACGUGAUGUGGAGCCAGCGCUGAUAUGAUCACUUCCUGUACAGUAAAUCCUCAGCCUGAACAAAGCAGAGCAGAGGUUGGGUAACACAGUGAAGCAGGACACUGCAUUUGAUUUAUGAUGACUGCAGUUCCUACUGUUCGGGGUGAAUAAAUAGCUAAUCUCUUCAGUGGCAGUCGCCCGCACACAGCAGCCUCGCUCCUGACUCCUUAUCAUGAACAGUUCACUGGUCAGGACGGAGGAGGAGCCUCUCGGGCAGAGUGCAGUUGUUAACCCCUCGUCCUCCCAGUCGCCCCUGUCGAACGCAGGACUCCAUCACCGCUCCUCGACAGCAGGAGUGUCAGAGCAUCAGGCUGGACAGAUGCACUGCCAGUGAAGACACAGAGGGAGGUUGAGGAGAGGGAAUUAUCAGGAGGUGAUGCAAAAUCUAAUAGUGCAGUGGUUGUGUGAUAAAAAUACUGUACCCAUCCUCUCCCCUCCUGUAACUCCCCUCCAGCACCUAUACUGACAAUACUAAAGUGCUGAUUGUUAAAGCCCACAGAAAGGCUCCAAUACUGAUCAUGUGGACAACAACACACACACAGCUCUUCUUUCAGAGAAACCUUGAUGGACACGGUUUGUAAAUAGAACGUCCAGGGAAAAAAUGGUACAUGUGCAACAGAGUAGUUCUUGUAUAUCCAUACAGUAGGAACUUCAACUUCUGUUUAGUUGCAUUCAUCUUUGGAAAAACAAACAAAAAAGAAUUCUGGCUGCCAAGCAAGCGUGUGCUUAUUUUUUUUUAAAAAGUAAUUUUUCUCUAUGGUUUUAAAAUACGUUCAGCUGAAUUGAAUGUAUAACUGAUUUAGGUAUGAGCGCAUAUCCCGAAUAUCUCUCAUCCACUUGUCUUUCUAUGUGAAUCCCUUCAUUUCCUGUGGAGGUGACUGUAUUUUUUCCCCCUUUUUCUUAUCUUAUCCCUGUAACUCUAAAUGAGGUGCCCUGCGUGGCCUUGGUGUGGCCAGACUCAUGCGCCAGGGUCUCACUUAGUAAAAGCUCAAGCAAACAGAGGAUCAGGCAAAGGUGGG